UGUACAUAGUAAUAGGAAAAUAGUGUGCUGUGUAAUUCUUGCAGUCUGUCUUUCUCCCAGUUUAGCCGUGAAAUACAAUAUGUUUUCUACAGUCAUUGGUGCCAACAGAAAGCAGAAGUUUAAAUUUGGGUGUUACUUUGCCCAGGCUGCUACCAUAGAAGAAGAAUGUAGACCAAUAGUACCUUAACGAUUUCCACUGAUCGUUUCCGUGUAAAUCUCAGCUGAGAUCAGGAUGAGAGAACUCAGCACAGUCUUUCUAAGUUGUGUAGAGGUUAUUCAUUUAACGUGGCUUUGUUGGUUUGUGAAAAAUACAUUUCCCGAUGUUCCUUUCCACAGAUUUCAUCCUUCAUCAGUCUGUUGCCUCAGAAUCGUUGUCUGUUGACACAUUCAGCAAUAAGAAUGAUGUCUACGUGGCCAUUUCUGCUCCCAGCACAGAGAGCUGUAUGAUUUUCCAGUGGGACCACAUAGAAAUGAACUUCAGGACUUAUGAUAACAUCACAGUGAUGGCAGCAGCAGCGUUCAGGAGCAGAGGACUGGCUGGUGUCAGAAACACCAACGUUUUAAUCCUCAUCUUUCUGCUGUCCCUGGUUUAUGUCACAAAUUCACUGAUGAAAGCAGAAUACAAGAAGAAACAAGCAAGUGAACUUGAUGAAAAACUACAGUUUCUUCAAGCUUUUGAAGAACUAAUACGGACAUCGUCAGUUUUUGAGGAUUUUCCUGCAAUGAUGGACGUAGUAAAUAGUUUGAGACGCUUUUACAAGAGAACUAUCAUCCCAUCAGACAGAGAGGAAGAAGAAAAAUGGUGAAAAUGGGGAAAUAAAAGAGGAAAACAUGAAAAUCAUCCUAAAACUCAACCAAAUAAACUUUAAAAGUUUCUAUAUAAUAAAUAAUAAUACAAAAUAAAUCAUAAAAUAAUGAUACAUCUCAUCAUUAAAUAUGAUGGUUUUCUGUAAGAGAAAUGACAGCUGUAUGUUGUUUAUGCUGUUCUCACUGGGAAGCAGCUUUUAUUGCAUUUUGCAUAACAGACUGAUAAUCGUGGUGUUAUUAAACUCAAACUUAGAAAAAAGUAGUUUCUACUAACUUUUGAUAAAAAACAAAAAAGAAACUUGUGUUCACAUAUUGUUAUCUUAAUGUGUUCCCUUUUAUUUGUGUCUUUUUGGUUAAUAUAGAUCUUCUAUUUAACUUUGAAUACUCAACAACAACAAUGAAGGCUAGCCCUGAAUACUUGUCCUAUAUUAAAUAAAUUAUAUCACACUGAC